UAAAAAUAGGAAUUCGAAGAAGAAUCAGAAUAUGAGUUUUAAUGCGUAUUUUGAUCAGGUUUAUGUACCAAAAAUUGAGAUUUACCAGGAAGACAAUACAGAAGGAUCGCCUGUGAAGAAGAAGGUUUCCAAGGGAUAUCUAUAUAGAAGGCAGAAAUAGAAAGAUUGAAGAGCUGAUAUUGAGGUUCAGCACAAGCCAAAAAGAAGCUAAACCUGGAAUAUUUGAAACCUAUUUUCAAAAUCAUUGCAAAAUCAGGGAGAAGAAGGCUCCUCCUAAGCCUACCCUUGCUCAAAAGACCCCUCUAAAACGACCAGAAUUGCCAUCCCAUCCCUCUAUUCACACCAAUAUAAAUACGAGCUUUCCAGUGUUGAAAAAGGAGAUAGAGAAGAGGAAAUUGAAGGAGUCUAGGAGUUCGACUAAGUCGCCUUUGAGGACUGGAAGUUUCAGCAAAAUAUCAAGACUGAAAAAGUCUGAGAUGAAUCAAGACUUAGAAUGUCUCAACGAAGAAAACUCCAGAACUUUUGUAAUAAAUGAAGAGAAUCCCACACUAGUGCUGAACCCCAAGAUCAAGAGCAAAUAUGAGGCUUAUUUCAGUAAUAGCACCUCUCUCAAAAUAGGAGGCCAAAAUAAUAAAUAGAUACAACAGUAAUUUCUCAAAAAGUCCUCACAAGAGAAGACCUCAAGGAGUCUCGAAGGAAGCUAUUUUAGAGAAGAAUACCUCUUAUGGCGAUCAGUCAGUGCUAAAAAGGAAGCUAAAUAAGCUUGAAUUAGAUAAAAUAGAUACUUCUUUGGUUAAAUUGCCCAGAAUAAAAGAUCAAAAUCCUAGUAGAAAGAGCCCAUAUGUGAAGAUGGAAUCAAGGAGAAUGAAGAAGAAUUAUGAAAGUAUUGAGACCUCUAAGGUAUCUCGUUUUCGCUAUUUUAGCCAUCAAAGUCAAGGACUAUUGAGCAUACAAGGAAUAUCUUAUCCGGGAGGUUCACAGAAGGCUCAAGAAAUGUCUUUUAUAUGAACAACAAUACAGAUAGUACCAAUCGAUCAACGACACAGAAGUCUCAAAGAAGAAGAGGCAGAAUUAUUAACAGCCUGAGGAUGAACACUCGAGUCCCGUGUAAUAAGGUCCAGACUCAGAAUUAAGUUCAAGUAUAUUAUUGUUAAAGGAAAUAACUCUGGUUUGAUCAGAGAAGCACUCAAGACUAGACCUCAAUGGAUGGAAAUUCCUAAUAUUCAUUCAAUGUAUAACUUUAAAUGGCAGCCAUUCUCGAAUGGAAUCAAUUUUGGCAGUCUUGGAAGAAAAGCGGGAAUAAAGCAGAUAGUAAACCAUCUAAAGAAGCACAAAGCAAUUAGUAACAAGGUGUGUCUUUUGGACACACUUUCAAAAUAUUUUGGACCUGAUCUAUUUCAAUAUGUGCCAGUCACAAUGAGUGUAGCAGUCAAGCCAGGAGAUUCGAUGAAGAGCCUGAAUGAAGCUUUGAAGCCAUUUUUGAGGAUUUUUGAGAUGUUCGGAGAGGCUUGUGAGGGGGUUAAGGAGGUUUGGAGGAGAGGAGGGGGUAAUGAAGGGGUGGAGAUGUGGAAUGAGGAGAAUCAGAAGGGAGGAGACUCUCCUAAUCAGAAGAGCCCGGAUUACUGAAUGCCACUAAGCCACUUCAGCGGUAACAAUUUCUGGGUAUUCAAAGUAUCCGAUCUGAACAGAGGCAGAGGGAUUCACAUAUUCAACACAGCUCAGCAGCUUCUUGACCUUGUAAAAGCAUACGGGAUACACAGAGUGGAUAAGGCAAAGAAUCACAUGAAUAUAUUUACACAUUCUAAGCUUCAAAAUGACUUUAUUAUUUAUCCGAAUAAUAAGCUAAUUCCUGAGUUGAACACUGGCUUAUUAAUGACAAACUCAAAGCUAAAUGAGCAACAUAAACCUGGUUGUAAGAACCAGAGGCUUGAGUCUAUUUAUAGUGCUAAAUAGCAACUUGAGAGAACGUAUCGGGAGGAAUGUCACUUCUGAUUAUAAUUUCAUCAUCCAGAAAUAUAUUGAACGGCCUUUCUUGAUUCAUGGUAGGAAGUUUGAUAUUCGAGUGUGGGUUUUGGUCAGCCACACAGGUAAAUGAUACUUCUUCAAGGAAGGAUAUUUAAGAACAUCAACAACAAAGUUUAGUAUGGAUGAAAGUAAUCCUGAUGACCCUCAUGUGCACUUGACAAAUAAUGCUAUCCAAAAAUCUCUCAAAGGGUAUGGAAAGUUUGAGGAUGGUAAUCAGUUGUCAUUUAAGCAAUUUCAAGAAUACCUUGACUCUCUUGAAAGAUGUAGCAUCAACUUCAAGCGAGACUGAUUGCCUCAGAUCAAGAAUAGCAUUAUGCACACCUUAUUGGCUGCCAGGGAGCAGUUAAGCGAUAACAAGAAUAGGCUUGGAUUUGAGUUUUUCGGUUUCGAUUUCAUGCUGGACGAAGACUUCAAUGCAUGGCUAAUCGAAGUAAACACCAAUCCUUGAAUAGAAGAAAGCUCAGAGAUGUUGAAACACUAUUUGAGAAGACUGAUUGAUGAUAUGUUGAAGCUUGAGCUAGAUCCUUUCUUUCCAAGAGAGACAACUUAAAGCUUUCAAUUUUAUAUAAAUACCGAGG